AUGGACGACUAUACGCUUUUCAAUCCCGUGAUGGACUUCUCUCCUGGAGGAGCCACUCGAACUCCGCAAACCGUCAUUGACUUGGGUGCCGUGCCCACCAUGCCCACCAUGGAUAAUUUCGGUUUCUAUGAUUCAGGUGGCUACGAAACGGCCACCGCUGGCACUCAUCAGUACCCUUCAGGCUACGACAGAGGAUCGUCGACGCUCCCGACUGGCAACAUUUCCACCCACACUUAUUCGAAAGCUCAAAUGGGGGCUGCGGGGAAGCUGCUGGAAAGUCGUGGCUUCGGAUGGCUCCUUGAAGUGGAAGACGAUUGCGAUACGCAGACACCAUUGCUAGAGGAGCUGGAUAUAGACCUGACUGAUAUUUACUACAAAAUCCGAUGUGUACUGUUGCCUCUUCCCUAUUUCCGGAUGAAGCUGAACAUUGUGCGGGAAUCGCCGGAUUUCUGGGGACCUUUGAUGGUGGUGCUCGCGUUCGCGUUGCUCUCCAUUUACGGCCAGUUUAGUGUACGUCCGGUAUGA